AUGCCACAGAAUACAAAUAUUUCAUCUAUACAAGAACAACGCGAAGCUAACACUGCUCGAAAACGUAGAAGUAGAGCAAAGGAAACUACAGAAAACCGUAAAGUACGACAACAACAGGAUAGAGAAGCUAAGCAAGAAUAUCAGCAACGUAAUGAACGUAAUGCAGCAGCCAAUCGACAGCAACACACUCAUAAUGUUCUAACGGCUUCGCAAGUAGCAGCUAUUUGGGUUGAUGGUAAUUCUCCUUAUGAUACUAUUCAAAGCCGUGAUAUUAUUUUGCGUUCUUCAAUGGACCAGUUAGUAUGCAUCUUAGAAUUUAGUGAAUGUUAUGAUCCUUUGGCUUAUCCACUUUUAUUUCCUCAUGGUGAACAAGGAUGGGCUCCAUGUCAAGUUCUAUAUAAAAACGUUACUUUAGAAUCUGAAGAAAUUAAUAAUAAUGUAGCUCCUAACAAAGAAGAAGAUUCAGAUCAGAAAAUGAUGUUAUUCCAAG